GGCCAGGGAUCGAACGCUGAACCUCAUGGUUCCUAGUCAGAUUCGUUAACUGCUGAGCAUGAUGAGAAUUCCUCUUUGUUCAUUUUUAAUCUUAUCCUUUUAAAAAGGAAUCAGAGUAGAAAUAUCAACAUCAACAAAAUUGAAUACCUUCUGAACCCCUAAUACCUAAAUAACAUUCUGCUACAUUGUACAAAGAAAUAGGACCUUUCUUUGCCUUCAGUGUGCUUACAGGAAUCAGAAAAUAUAAUAUAUAGGAAAAAAUAAAAACACAACUUGGUUCAUGGUUCAAGAGUUAUUGCAAAGAAAUUGUUCAUUCAACAAAUAUUUGUUGAGUGUUUACUAUGUGCCAAGUACUCUGCUAAAUGCUGGGUGUUUUUAAAAUGAGGAUAUUUAAAAACAAAAAUUGUCACUUUCCUCCAGGGAGAUGAGGAUAGAGACAUAGGGAUUGGGUGAUACAAGACCUUGUUCUUUAUCCUAAGAACAAUAGGAAGGCAUUGAAGGCUUUUAAACAAGGAAUUGAUAUGAUCAGUUGUGUAUUUUUAAAAGAUCACUCUAAAUGCCAUGAGUAGAAUAUAGUGGAGGGAAACAAAAUGUGAGAUUAGAGGCAGGAAAAAAAAAAAAAAAACAUGCAGUGUUCUAGGCAACAGACGAGGUCUUAGUGCUGGUGGUGAUGGGAGUAGUCGUAGUGAUUAUAGUGGAGGAGAAAAGGAAAGAAGAAGAUAAAGAAAGGGGACAAAAUGUGUAGAUUUGAACCUUAUUUCAACAAAUACAAUCAAAAGGAUUUGCUAAUCAGAUACUAGGGCUAAGGGGGAAAAGAAGGAUUAAAUCUACUGUGAUUCCUUUUUUAAGACUUUACUUUUUGGCAUGUCUAAUGAUGGCUGAUGAUGCUGUUUACAAAAAUAGGGACACUGGAAGAAAGAUGUAUUUGAGAGGAAGGUUUUUGUGAGUCAAGUUAUGGAAAAAUUCAAGUUGAGGAGCCUUCAAGACAUUUAAGUUGAGAUAACAACUAUAUAGUUAGAAAUAAAAAAUCUGGAAAUAAGAGAAGAAAAUGUUAAGCUAAAGAUAAAACUUGAGAUUCAUCAGCAAAUGAAUAUAUACUUUAUGAAUGAUAUACUUUAUGAGCUUUCUUAUUAAUAUAUACAGUAGAAAAUAAAGUGGUUUAGAUUAGCAUUUUCUCACUAUGAAUGAGAUGAGUCUGGAAACAUUUCAUGAGGGAGAGGGCUGGAUUAUGAAAAGAGAUAAGAACAUAGAUAAGAAGAGAGGGCAAGGUGGACAGGACAUAGAUAAGAAGAGAGGGCAAGGUAGACAGGAUAAGAACAUAGAACAUAGAUAAGAAGAGAGGGCAAGGUAGACGGGAAUGAAAUGGCAGGAACACAAUAAAAAUGUAAAUAGGUAGAUUGCAGAUAUUUUUGUUGUGAGCAAUAGAGAUGCCAACCUCACUGGCUUAAUCCAAAAAAAAAAAGUAAUUAUAAAUUCACACAAAACUGAAGAGUUCAGGGUAUGCUACCUGCAGGCAAGGCUCUGUCUGGGGGUGAAAUAAGCUCAGAACUUAGAUCAUCUUGUUCUAUUCUCCAGCUAUUUCCUUGGUGUUGACUUAAGUUCUGACAGGCUCUCCUCUGAUAAUCCCAAAAUGGUUGCCAAUAGUUCCAGACACUACAUGUCUAUAAGUUCACAUCCAGCAAGAAAAACACCUUUUUUUUUUUUUUUUUAACAUAGCAGAGCAACGAAAAGCCCAGAAUGGAGAUCAUUGACCUAUUGAGGUUUUAUGGUGAUCUCUAACAUAGGUAAAUAUUGAAAUACACAGAUUAUUUAAAUUAGUCAGGGUACAUCUCUGAAGCAAAAACAGAUCCUCCCACCAAACUACCCAGAGUACCGGGGAAGGGGGACAGGAAAUCUAGAAGUAGUUAUAAGGAGUCUUAAAUACCAAGUGAAGGACUUGGUUCUUAAUCCAGUAGACCAAACAGAGUUCUUGUAUUUUGAACAGGAGAGGGAUCCAAUGAAAUAGUUCAAGAAAUUAAGUCUUAGGGCAACUAUGAUACAUAUAGCAAUGUUUAAAAAAAAAGAAAAAGAGAACUGUUAAAGAGACUAUAGCAAGAAUCUAGGAAAAAGACAGUGAAACCCAGACUGUGACUGAGUAAGCAACAUUGAUGAAAGGAAGAUAGUAAUGAAGUAAUAGAUGUGAACAAUAUUUAAGAUGAAGAAUCCACAGGACUGAGCAAGAUAAUAAGAAUGAACUUUACAGUGGAACUUCAAAUUCUUCCACUAAGAUUUUCACUGAUGUGAUAGCUUUGGUGCUGAGGCAAAAAUGAGAUUCUUUCUUUUAACUACUGUAAUACUGGAUUCUUCUUCCAAACUAAGCUCUGAGCUAGACUUUUCAUUUCAUUUCAUUUUGCUCUAAUGAGUUACCACCACCUGUGAUCCAUCAUCCCCUACACUACUCAACUUUCCUAGGAUUCGAAAGAAGGCAAGUUCCAACCUGUCAGAAUGAAAGCUGUCCUUGAUUCUACAGAAUGAAAACUUGCAGGUUACUUUGCAAUGUAUAAAGAUGGAUAUCUCUACAAUCAUAGCAGUGACACUUACUUUUUAACAAGUGUUUUUUGAGCAUUUUGUCAACCGGCAAUCGUUUGGUUAGCAAGCAACAGAAAACCCAAUGGCUUAAGCAAGUGCAAUUCCAAAGGAAGCCAUUAGUAGUGGUGGUUCAGCUGCUGCAGUAACAGGGCUGAUAUUGUGUUUCUCUGGACUUCCACUGUGUUUUACAUCGUGGUAAAAAGGUGACUGCUCUACCUCCAAGUAUCAUAGACUCAUUCAAGGCAAGCAAUUGUAUGGGAAAGAGAAGAGGGACAGGAAUCUUUCUGUUCAUCAGUAAAGCAAAUUUCUGCCUAGAUUUCAUACCCAGUGUACUUCUUAUAUUUUAUGAGCCAGAAAGGGGUCACAUAACCUCUCUUAUCAGAAAGGGAGACUGGGAGAGUAAACAUUUGUGACUAUUGUCUAUUAUGAGACAUAGCCAGGAAGAAAAAAGUUGGAAAUGGCUUUUGGGUGGCCAAACCAUUGGGUCUUCAUGAAAACCAUUUUAUAGUAUACUCUGUGCUUACAUGUAUAUUCUGAUUUUGUACUUGACUUUGCCUUUAUCUGUGUAUAUUGCUUCCUCUACCCUUUAGGAGAAUACGACUUUUAAAAAUGGAUGUUUUUUCCCAGUAGCCACUACUAACACCUGCUUAACUCAUUCAUCAAAGAAGUUAAAAAUUUUUGGUUUCCCUGAGUAGGCAAUGCAUACUGAUUAGCAAAGGAUAUUAUUUUUAUUUAUGUCUAAUUAUCUUGGCAGGUAUUACCCAUGUGAAAGAAAAUAUAGCAAAAGUACAGAUGAUUCCACAGGGAUUUAGUAAAAGUAUCACAUUUUGUCUUUUAUUAAGAGUGAUAGGGUCUCAUUUAAGGAUAUAUUUUCAAGAGACCUCAUCCACCUUGACUUAGGAAGAAAUUCAGCCCCAAAAUGUAGCACCUGCAUAUCAAAAACGAAAUUAGUAAUUAUACCACUUGAUGCAAUGUUUAGAAAAAAUAGUCAAUUAAAGCAAUAUGAAUUCAGCCAGAAGCCUCUGCAGGCAGCAGCAUCAUGCAAUUCUGACUUCACAACGACAUGAAAUUUUAAAUGACAACUGUGCUAAAUCAGGGAGCAGCAAACCCAGGCCAAGUUUAAAUUUAGUAACACUGCUAGUUUACUGAAAAUAACCUUCUCCAUAGCAGAUUCUCUAUGAAUUUCAGGUGACCGACUACUUGUUUUCUCUUUUGUCCAGAGGUAAUCAGAUACCCAGAGGCUACAGCGCGAUGUCUUCCCUUCUCAAUGGCAUUUCUGGUGUCCACCUCAGGAGUCUCCUUGGCCAGCCUUGAAACACUUGGAAAUUAAACAGAGAAGCCACUGCAUAUAUCCUGGAAAAUCUCCAUCCUGUGUGUUCAGAACUCUCUGAAUAAGCAUAAGGAUUUGAAGCCUUUAUGCAGGAAGAUUUCCCAUUGAUUACAGCAUCAGACCCCAAUGGACUGAAGACCAGAGCCUAGAAACUACCUGCCUCAAAAUUGAUUCUCAUUGAAUUUGAUUCUCAUUCAUCUUUCUCUGCCCAUAACACAACAUUUAUUUCAACAGUUGGCGCUAACAGAGUGGGAAGCAAGCCAAGAGGACAGCAGUAGGUGUACAGAGGCCAUGGAAUACCCACCAACCAGAUAAUCAUCGCUGGAAUAACUGGAAGUGUCUGAAUGUAGGCUGCGGAAGUCCUGAAGGUUGAUGGAGGGCCAUGCUAUUCAAACAGCAGGCGUGGCUGAGACAGAAGCUGCUGGUGCUAGGAAGUCUUGCCAUUGGGAGUCUCCUGUAUCUAGUCGCCAGAGUUGGGAGCUUGGAUAGGCUCCAACCCCUCUGUCCCAUCGAAGGCCGGUUCGGAGCCCAUGGUCAGGCUGAAUUCCCCCUGCGUGCCCUGCAGUUUAAGCGCGGCCUGCUGCAUGAGUUCCGGAAGGGCAACGCUUCCAAGGAGCACGUGCGCCUUCAUGACCUGGUCCAGCAGCUCCCCAAGGCCAUUAUCAUCGGGGUGAGGAAAGGAGGCACAAGGGCCCUGCUUGAGAUGCUGAACCUCCAUCCAGCAGUGGUCAAGGCCUCUCAAGAAAUCCACUUUUUUGACAAUGAUGAGAAUUAUGCCAAGGGCAUUGAGUGGUACAGGAAAAAGAUGCCUUUUUCCUACCCUCAACAAAUCACCAUUGAAAAGAGCCCAGCAUAUUUUAUCACCGAAGAGGUUCCAGAAAGGAUUUACAGAAUGAACUCAUCCAUCAAGUUGCUGAUCAUUGUCAGGGAGCCAACCACAAGAGCGAUCUCUGAUUAUACUCAGGUGCUAGAGGGGAAGGAGAGGAAGAAUAAAACUUAUUACAAGUUUGAGAAGCUGGCCAUAGACCCUAAUACCUGCGAAGUGAACACAAAAUACAAGGCGGUAAGAACCAGCAUUUACACCAAACAUCUGGAGAGGUGGUUGAAAUACUUUCCAAUUGAGCAAUUUCACAUUGUCGAUGGAGAUCGCCUCAUUGCGGAACCCCUACCAGAACUUCAGCUCGUGGAGAAGUUCCUAAAUCUUCCCCCAAGGAUAAGUCAAUACAAUUUAUAUUUCAAUGCUACCAGAGGGUUCUACUGCUUGCGAUUUAACAUUAUCUUUAAUAAGUGCCUGGCGGGCAGCAAGGGGCGCAUUCAUCCAGAGGUGGACCCCUCUGUCGUUACCAAAUUGCGCAAAUUCUUUCACCCUUUCAAUCAGAAAUUUUACCAGAUCACUGGGAGGACAUUGAACUGGCCCUAAAAUAUUAAGUCAGACAACACUGUGUGUUGUGCCUGGAGACCUGCAAUGUCUCCUCUAGAUUAAAAUAUGCACUUUUUCCUAGACACAACUGUCCAAGUCAUUUUUUCCAUGCAUACUUGUACAUAUGCAGUGUGUGACCAAAUAUAAGAUCAGUUCUUUUUCUACUGAACAUUUACAGAAAACCAGUUUGCUGUCUGCAUAGUUGCAUCUUUUACGCUAUUUACAAAAAGAAGAGGUGGUGAUAUGGGGGGAAAGUGACUUCCGCUGUUCUCAAAGUGUUAGUCUUCCUUUGAGUCAGAAUUUGUCACCUGCCAUUCUCAUAGAUUUAAGCCAAAAGAUUAGCGUGUGAAAAUGUACCCAUGGCUGUGACGCUUCAGGAAGUGGAGGAUUCAGUUAUGCAUUCUUUUCUAGGGGAAAGCUGGCUCUUUAAUUCAGAGGCUGAAUUGGUGCCAUGCAAAUGGAAAAUACCAUUUUCUUAUUAUUUCAAAGAAUGUCUUAUCACAUAAAAUUGACAUGGUUUCAAAGUUCCCGUGGUGAUUUUGCACUAUCGUUUUCUCGUGUGGACCAUGGUGUCACUUGUAGCAUGUCAGUCACACAUCGGAGAGUCAAGUCCUUUUACUUCCAUGUUAUAUGUCAGCAAAGAGAGAUGUCAUGUACAUAAUGUAUAUUGUUGUACAUACUGGUUUCACACUAAGUAAUUCUAUUUUGUAAACUGAAUAUGGCUAUUUAAUUUAUUGUGAAAAUUAAAUUUAUUGUCGUAUUUAAAAAAUGGAAUGGAUUAAAAUUACUCUACGUGCAA